AUGGGAUCACUUCAAUCAGAACCCAGUAUAAAUAGUAACAAACACAUAAAUAAUAAUGAUCAUAUUGAAAACAUUCAAAAAAUUGAUAGUGUUGGAAGUAUUGAUACAAAUAAAAACUUGGGUGUAUGUAAAAACGUUAAUAUAAUAAGAAAACCCACUCAAGAUGACUAUAGUUAUUUGAACAAUAUAGGUAAAUACGAAAUAAUAUAUUCCUAUUUGAACAGAAAUGAAAAAAAUGGUCUAUUACUACUACAAAGAGAAAAGGAAAAGUUUGUAAAAAAAGACAAUUCUUGCAUCGACAAUUCUUGCAUCGACAAGUCCUGUAUCGACAAACAUGAUGUUAUUGAAAUAUUUUAUGAACAGUUAAUAAAAUAUAAUUUAGACCUAGAGUUAUACAAUGACAAAUUAUACAUAUCAUUAAAAUUUUUGGAUAAUAUUGAUAUGAUAGUUCCAUAUCUAAAAAACGAAAUUUAUUUUGAAAAAAAAAAGGGAGAAAAUAUUAUCUUACUACUAGCCAAGAAAUAUGAAAUGUCAGAAGCACUAAUGAAAUCUAUAUAUAUAAAGGAUAAAAUUUAUAAAUUCUUCAACAGCAAUAAGCAAAUAGAUGAACAUUUCAUCAAUAAUGAUUUUAAAACAAACUACGAUUUAUAUAAAUAUAUUGUACUUCGAAAUUUUUUCCCUUUUACAAAUGACUUCCUCAUUAGAGUUAACAGUACGAACAAGGAAGAUCUUACCGAAAAACUGCCUACCAGAGUAAAUGAGUAUAGAUAUGGUUUCAUAGAUAACAAUUACCAAAUAAACGAUCAGCCAUGUAUAAAUGUAGAUGAAACGCACCAAAUAGAUAGAGAAAAAAAGUUCUGUCAGAUUAACAAAGCAAGUUCACCUGAAGAACAAGCUUCAUAUAACGACAGAAGGAAUGAUGAGAUAAUGAAUUAUGGUACAACACAUAAUCAAAGCAGUAGGACAUUCAGUUUAAAUCUAAAUAUUGAAAAAGCAUAUGAAAAAAAAAGGAAGCAUGUUUGUAAAGAUAAGGUCUGCAAAGAAACAAAGAACGAUGAGAGGGUAACUAUUAUUCGAAAAAGAAAAACUUUUCAAAAUGAUACAUCUCUCAGAGUAUGUUAUAGCAGUUUGGGAAUCCACGAGGAGGAGCAUAAACUCCUGGAUAUGAGUGAAAGCAAGUUAAACAAAUAUUCUUCGCAGGAAAAUAGUGAAAACGGACCUAAACAUAAAUCAAAUAGCGCGAACAAUCUGAACAAUCAACAUAACGGCGAUGGUUAUGUGCCGUGUGAACGAAGGGAAAGCACCGAGAAGAGCGUAAUUAACGAAAAGUUUGUGCAGAUCAGAGCAAACACAUUGAGAAAAGGAGAUAGUCCAUAUGAGAUAUUAACAACAGAGGGAGAAAUAGAAAUGAUGCAAAGGAAUAAAAAACUUGAGGAAAAAGUAGAUCGAAAGAGCAUGCAAAGAACAAUAUUUGAAAAAGAAGAGUUACUAAGAAUGGCAAGUGAAAAAACAAAAAGGAGCAAAGAAGAAAGAAUUUUUAAAAGAAUGGAUAUAUUUACUAAUGAAAAGGAAUUUAAAAAAAAAUUAUUAGAGGAAAAUAAAAUUAGAGAAAGAGAAGAAAAACGGAAGGUAAAGGAAGAGAAGAAUAAGGAAAGGGAGGAGAAGAAGAAGGAAAAAGAAGAGAAGAAGAAAGAGAGGCAAGAAAGACAAAAGGAAAAAGAAGAAAAGAAGAAAGAAAGGCAAGAGAGACGGAAAGAGAGGCAAGAAAAGCAGAAGAAGAGGGAAGAAAAACAGAAAGAAAGAGAGGAAAAGCAGAAGAAGAGGGAAGAAAAACAGAAGGAAAGAGAGGAAAAGCAGAAGGAAAAGGAAAAGAAAAAGAGACAGAAAGAAGAGGUUUUAAAAAUGUUGAAAGAGGAAAAGGAAAGACUAAAAGAACAAAAGAAAAAACUGACCGAAGAAAAAAAAAAAUUAAAAGAAGAGGAAACCAAACUAAAAGAAGAAGAAAAAAAAUUGAAAGAACAAAUGUUAAAAAAUGUAAGAGAAGAACGAAAAAUUAUUAAGGAGUUGAAAUAUGAAUAUAAAAAAAUUAAAAUAGAAGACCAUAAUAUUUCAAAGGAAAUAUUAAAAAAUAAUAGUAGGAAGGUAAAAGAAAAACAAAGGGAGAUGAUAAUAAGCGAUUCGUUUAGUUAUUCCGCUAACAAGAAAAUAUUAAGAAAAAAGAAAGAAAUUGUUCUACUGAACAUGAGAAAGAAUGAAAAAAACGUAAAAAAUGUAAGAAGUAUAGAUAACGAUAACUUAUCAGCUGAUGGUAAUUACACUAUACGCGAAAAUUUGCAUGUACAAGAAGAGGGUAAGGGAUCCGAAGACACAUUAGGAGGAGAAGAUGAAAAAGGGGAUAUACAGAUUAAUAGAAUAUUAGGUGAUGAUCAAAACAAUCUAAAAAAUGAAGGUAUCACAAGUAUAUUUUAUCAAGUUAAGGAUAAUAACAGAGUAAUGAAGGGAAGAGGAAAAAAUACAAAAAUAGAUCAAAUAUGUGAUCAAGCAGAGGAUGUAUCAAUUACAACGAAAGAACAAAAUAUUCAAGAUAAUGAAACUUGCAGUGAUACGAACAAUGCAGUAGUUGGACAAGCAAAUAUAUCCAAAAUAAAUAGAUGUUAUGAAAUAAAGAGGAAAAAUUAUUAUAGCUGUUCCUUAUAUACAGCAGGGGAUUUAUCGAAAAGAAGAAAAAAAGGAAACGACAUCAUUGGAGGGGUUGAGAUGGGAGAGACCAAAAUUGGUAGGGUUAAUACUGAAAGGGAUAGCAUAGGAAGGGGUAGUUCCUCAAGGGGUCCAAAGUGGAUGGAUUCGGGGUUUAGGGAAAGGAGAAGUGGAGGCAUUAUACACAUACCUAACAAUGUAAUGGAGGAAGAGGUAGCGGAGAGUAUUAUAUUAGGUAAACAUGAAAAUUACGAGAAAGAUAAGAAAAAAAGGAAGGAAAAAAAAAAAAUAUCAUUAUUUGGUCAGGUGAAACCAGUAGAUCUUAUAAGAAAAGGAAUUGAUGCGUAUAAAAUUUUGGAAAAUGAGGAAAAUUUAUAUGUGGAUGUUCUAAUUAUAGGUGCAGGUAUAUCUGGGCUUGCUGCUUCCUAUUAUUUAAAUAAAUGUAAUGCAAAUUUUUUAGUUAUUGAGGGUAGAGAUAGAAUAGGUGGUAGAGCCUUCUCAACCAUAUUACCUCAAAGAAUUAUAAAUAACAAAACUUUACCCGAAACUGUUGUUGAUUUAGGAGCUAAUUAUUUACACUGCUGUGAUAAUGCAGAUUUGCUGAAAGAGGAAGUAAAGAAAGAGAGGGAUGACAAUAUAUUUGAAGAGUUAGAAAAAGAAUAUUAUACUGAAGAUGAGGAUAUGUUAGCAUCCGAACUAAAAGUGAAUGUUAAGGAGAAAAAAGGUGUAAGAAAAAAUAAGCCAAAAAAUAAAGUAGUAGCAGUGGAAGCAGCAGCAAGAACAGGCGCAUCCACAGGGGCGAAGAAGAAAAAGAAGAAGAAGCACAAAAAUUAUGAUGCAACAAGUAAUGAAAUCAAUAAUGAUAACCAUCUUGACCAAUUUGAUAUGAACAUAAUGGAAGGCAAGUUAUUGAAUAAUAUCAAAUUAUUCAAGGAAGAAUACAUAAAAUUAUUUAGUGAGUCAAAUAAUCCAUGCUUUCAUGAUUACAUUAACAAUGAUAAUAUGUUUAAACGCUGUAGUACUAACCUACACAGUAAAAUACAUUGUUAUACCAAGGAUAGUACAUUCUCUUUACAUCAUUUCAAAAAUGAUGAAGGAGGACUGUACAGUGAAUAUGAUUACGUCCACACAAAGAAUGAAAAGAAUAGGAGGAAAAAAAAAUUAAAAAAAAGUAUGCUAUUUAUGAUAAGAAACAAUGUGGAUAAUAUUUGUUAUCUUUAUAAAAAUUAUUAUAAAGAAAAGAAAAAAGAUAUUUUCAAUUUUUUAAAAAGUAUAGAUGAAAAUAUAUAUUUGUAUAACAACUUAAGUGAUGAUACUUUACUUAGUUCAGCUCCAAAGACUACUAUUAAUUGCACUUUUAAAAAUGAAAAUAAGAAAUUUAAAAUUUUGUCAGUUAAUAAAGAUACAAGAAGAAGAAGAGAAUAUGACAAAUCAUUAACUCAACUUGCUCAGAAAUUAAAACCAAAAAUUUCAUUAGUAUGCGGAAAAGAUAACUGGGAGUCCACCUUUUAUGCAUAUUGGUAUAAUAACGAAAAUGGAAAAAAAAUUAAAAGCUUUAAAAUUUAUAGAAUUAACUUAUUGUGUGAUAAAAUUAGAGUAAGAGCUGCUAGAAAAAUAAGAAUAUUUCUAUUCAUCAAUGAGAGCAUAUAUGAUAAUUGUCGAAAAGAAAUAGAAAAUGCAAAUGAUGAUAAUAAAGCAAGCUAUAGUGAUAAUACUACGGAGGUUGAUCAAAAAAUUCUAUCCUUACAAAACAGUAAAGAGGAAAAAGGAAUAAACGAAGAAAAAAAAAAAAAAAAAAAAAAGAAUAUUUUUUAUGAAAAAGUUGAUCAUGAUAAAACUCGUCUGAAAACAUGUAAUCAUAAUAAAAUAGACAUAAAUGAGGUUAAAAAUAAAUUAGAUGAGCUUAAAGAAAAUUGUGAAAAUAGUACUAGCGAUGGAAGGUAUGAAAAGGAGACCAACACGGAGCACGAGCCGAGUGAGUCGUGCUUUUUAUCCCCUGCGAAUGAGCCGAAACUCCCGAGUGAGUCGUACAUUUUGUUUCCUUCAAAUGACCCAAAACACCUGAACGAGUCAAGUAAGAUUCUUAAUUUGGGAUGUAAUAAGGACAAAAAUGAUAAUAGCAACAAUAGUGGUAGUAACGGUAAUAGUAAUGAACAUACCAAAAAAAAUAAUAGCAUCAAUGCCAAUGGUAGUAGUGGCAAUGGUAGUAAUGCCAAUGGUAGUAAUGCCAAUGGUAGUAAUGCCAAUGGUAGUAGUGGCAAUGGUAGUAAUGCCAAUGGUAGUAAUGCCAAUGAUAGUAAUGCCAAUGGUAGUGAUGCUAGUGAGAGCAAUACCAAUGCUUGUGAGGCGGAGGGGGGAAACGAAAAAGAGUUUGUCGCAAAUUUGGACGCCCAAACAUACGAUUUACCCGAAAUGAAAGUGGGAUGUGAAAAAAAUAUGAACAUGUCAGAAAAAAAAAAAAAAAAUUCCAAAUAUUACAUAGCUGGAUCAAAGAAUGGAAAUAUGAAAAAGAAGGUAUCUACUAUUGAUUUGGACAUAUUGAAUUAUGAUAAGGAUCUGAUAAUUUAUGAUAAUUAUUAUAAUUAUGGGGAAGAGUAUUAUAAGAUUGUACAAGCAGGAAAUGUGUGUGAGUCAGGAAAAAAGAAGAACAUAACUAAAACCGUUUUGUAUGAUGAUAUGAAUAAAAGAAGAAGUUUGUGGGAUUUAUUAAUGGAAUGUACAGAAGAAAUAUUUAACGAAAUGAAUAUAAAUCGAAAAAAUUUUUCCAUGGAAGAAUGGAAAAUGUUAAUGGUUACAUUACAAUCAAGAUAUGGUUAUGGUAGUGAUUUAAGAGAAACAUCCAUAGCUAUGUCAAGACUUCCAUUUUCCAGCUACAUGGAUAUUGAUAUAUGUCCAAAUUAUGGUAGUAAUAAUUAUAUAUCUAAAAAUAUAAAAUAUUAUGAUAAAAUUAAAAAAAAUGAACAAACUCCUCAUAUUAGAUCAUUUAAAGAUGAUAGUAGUGCCGACCAAAUUGUCCUUGAUGGCUGGAAAUGGAUAAUUGACUACCUAUCAAAAGAUAUACAGAAUAAAAUUUUUAUUAACACAGUAGCUGAGCUUGUUCAUGUAAAAGAUGAGGGGAAAAAAAAAGGAAAAGAGGAAUUUUUUUCCCAUAGUAAUACAAAAAAUGAGCAAACUUGUCAAGAAAAGAGAUAUCCAAAUAAUGGUAAUAAUACAAACAAACAUUCUAAUAACAAAACUAAUAUGGAAUCAUAUGUUGUAGGUAGCUUUAGCAAUUAUGUAAAGGAACGCGAUUGCAAUAAUGCUUCUUACGAAAGUGAUAACUAUGAUAAAAACUGUUCUAAAGGGAAAGAACUAACAGGCAAAGAUAUGGGGGAAAGUAGCCUUAAUGGAAGAAAUAUCCCUCCAAUGGGUGUUGUCAUAAACGAUAUGAAGGAUACACAAAGUUCACAUAUUCCCUAUGAGGAUGCAUCAAAACUUUUAAAAAGCAGCUAUAAAGAGUGCUAUAACAAAGAGGACUAUAGUGUUCUUGUUAAAUGUAAAAGCUAUGACACGUCAAAAAAUAUAAACAAUAAUUUUCAUGGUACAUCAGACUUAAGUAACUUCAAUUAUUUGAAUGUAAAUAUAUAUGCGAAAUAUGUGAUAGUUGCUGUACCUUUAGGUUGUUUAAGAAAUAAUGAUGAGAAAAAGAAAAAUAUGCAUCGAAAAACACAACUCGAAUUUCAGCCCAAAUUACAUCCACUAAAAGUUAAAGCACUUAAUAAUUAUAAAAUGGGAAAUCAUAAUAAAAUUAUUUUACGAUUUUAUCCUUUUAAUUUUAUAUGGCCUUUUGAUAGUUUACAAUUAAAUUGUAUAGAUCAAAAAUUUCAAUUUCUUAAUCUUCAUGCAUAUGGAAAAGUUGGUUGUGUUUUAGUUCAUUGUUUUCCACCUUGGUCAUGUACAUAUGGAUAUAUUAAAAAAGAAUAUUUCAUUGUUAAUGAAUGUUUAUAUACAUUAAAUAAAAUGUUUGAAAGAAGUGGGAAACGGUUACCUAUAUUAGUUGAUUAUAUUAUUACUAAAUGGCAAGAUGAUCAUUUUUCUUGUGGUUCUUAUGCAUAUCCAUAUGUUAAUUGUAAUGAUAAUGAUUUAAUUUAUUUAAGAUCUCCUCAUCCUAUUGAUAAUCCGAAGGUUGUUUUUUGUGGGGAAUAUUUAUCAAAGAGCUACUUCCAAUGUGUUGAUGGGGCAUAUGAUACGGGUAUUCGUGCAGCUGAAGAUAUUGCUCAUAUAGGAUUGAAGUUAAGGAGUUAUGAUACUAAAUAUUAUAACACAGAUGUCUUUUUUUUUCCUGAUAAUACAUGCCCCUUUACCAAUAUCCCUUUACCUAGGAUAAACAAUUCUCUUAUAGGUUUUUAUAUCACCGAUGGAAGUGAUGAGGCGUUAACAGAUUAUGAAAGUUCGUCUGAUGAUGAAGAGGGAUGUAUAUCUAAUAUUCCAUCAUCAGUUGUUAAGGAAGAAUAUGAAUUUUUGUCCUAUUCCUUAGGAAAAAUUCUUCAGUUCUUCAAUAAUUUAAAGGGUCAAGAUGUUUGUAAAAAUCGGAAAGAAGACAAGGAGAGAAAGAAAAGGAAACAGAAGGAACAGAUAAUGAAGAAUGAAACAGAAGUACUUGAAAAAAAGGAGUCUUUGAACAAUAUAUAUCACAGUUAUAAGGAUGAAGCACGAAAAAAUGAACCGUUAAUUAAUUAUCAGCAAAAAUGUACAUACAGCGGCACAGAUAAUCAUAAGAGCAGUUACUCAGAUUCUAACCUUGAUGGGAACGACAAAAAAAAUAGUGGCAUAUCGAGUAGCAUACCGGAAUCCCUAAGUAGAAACCAUCCGAUUGACAUGUGCAAUAAGCCUAAUAGCAAGGAUGAUUUCCCAGUGGGAGAUAUACAAUAUGAAGGUGCUGAAGAUUCCCACAUGAAUGAAAGAAGAGAUAUAUUAAUAUAUGAUAACCCUGGAACAAGUGAAAAUUUAAAAGACUCAAACAGUCCAAUGGAGAGUAAUGAAAGGACAAAUAUGACGAGUUAUAUAGCUUCGAACACUGUUCUCGCUGCACAUGCAACGUGUAGUUCGCAUGUGGGAGGAAACAUCACCAGUAGUCUUAAAGGCUAUCCACGCAAAGAUGUAAAUGUUAAAGAAAGUAUAUUUCUUAAUAAAUAUUACAACAAUUUAGACGUAUACAUUGAUAAAUAUAUGGUAAAAUUUAACGAUAUUGUUUUUCGCAAUUAUAAUAAUAUAGAGUUAAAUUUGUUAAGAAAAAAAGAAGAUGCUGUUAUUACUCCUAUUUUUAUAAAAUCAAAGUUUUUGAUGUGUCGGUCGUUGUCAGCAGUUUUAAAUAAAUAUUAUCGUUUCCAAUUUUUUAUACAAAAAGAAUUGUUUUCAAAAGUUCAAGAGGUGAAGGAUGAACUUCUGCAUUAUUUCAAUUUUAGUAAUUGUAAAUAUAGAGAUAUUUUAUUUUGUCAUGAAGAAAAAAUAAAUGAUGAUAUAAUUAGCGAUGAAAAGAAGGAAAAAAAUGUAGUAGAUGCAACAUGUGACGGUAUUUUUUAUGAACAGGCAAGAAUUAGCUCAAUAAUUAAGGAAGUCGAUGGCACGAAUCAUGGUACCAAUAUGAAAGGAAAUAUUCAGUUUUGUUCCGAUGAAACUCAUUAUGUCAAACGGAGUAACAUAAACGAUAGUGUAGCAAAUGAUAACAGAGAGAAGAACAGCAUUAAUGGAGGUUUUGUUGAGAAGGAUGUUAUAAUUAGUAAUAAUAAAGUUAAUACUAGUUGCCUGAACAGUGAAUGCAAAAAUGAUGAAUAUUCUUGUAAAAAUUAUGAACAUGACAUAAUAAAUAACGUAAAAACUACUAAACGAAAUGAAGAAUGUGUAAACAGUAUAGAAAUAAAUCAAAAAGAAAGUGUGCACAAACAGCUAGAUAUAGAUAAAAAAAAAAAAAAAAAUCUGUAUAUUCAUAACAGACGAAUAUGUCAGUUAAAUGGUUAUUUAAAAUAUGUAUUAAAUCAUAUAUUAAUAACAAAAAGAUUUAUAGAAGAAAAUAUCAGAAAUAUAAAUAAUUAUAAUAAAAUAAAAUUAAAUUCUACAGAUUUUGUUUUUUUUUUUUGUUAUCUCUUACAAUAUAUUAUGAAAGUAAUAAAUUAUGAUUUAUAUCAUAAUUGUAUUGAUUAUAAUAUAAUUAUUCAAUUAUUAUGUGAUUAUGUAUAUUACUUAAUAUUUUAUAAACAUGAUGCAUUAUGUUAUAAAUGUAUGAAUGGAGGAGAAUUAAUUAUAUGCGAUUUUUUAAAUUGUGCUAAUGGAUGGCAUUCCUACUGCUUAUCUUCAAACACGGAUGAAAGUGAAAAUAAGCUAGGUAGUCUGUGGUUUUGUCCAGAGUGUGUUAGCACAAACGUAUCCCACGUUUAUAAGAGGGGAUGCUAUAACCAAAAUGAGAUCAUACAGAAUUACUGGAAGAGAAGAGUUUACAUUUAUAAGGUGAAAUUCUUUUUGUCAAGAACUCGAAGAAUUAGAAAGAGAUUAGACUUACUACAGAUGGAACUGUCUAAAAGGUUUCAUUGA